CGGACGCUGAUUGGCGGAGAGCGGGGCGGUGGGCGGGAUCGGAGGCGCGCGGGCGAUCGAGCGCCGGCGGAAUGUGGAGGAUUAAGGCCGCGGCGGGGAGAGUAUUUCACCGUUGGACUGUUACUGGCCCAUCAUCCUCACUGCGCCUGCCUCCUACUCACUCUGCUGAAGAUGAUGUGAUAAACUCCCCUCUGGUUUCAACUCACUCUCACUUCAAAAGCAGCUCAACAGAUUCUCAAAAUGGAGAAGAGCGAGAGAAGAGAGAAAAAGAGCAGAACGCUCGAUUUUGUUCCAAGCAGUUACCUCGUUUUUCUGGAUUGGAUGCUGUAGGAUGGGGUGCUGCUGCUGUGGUGAUUUUACAGUUUGCAAGACAUCUUCAUCGUCAGUUCUGUCACCGCAAUGGUCCCCAGGAGAGUGAUGCAGCCUUGUCUUUCUCUGUCCAGAGCAUCAUUACAUCUACACUGGGACCAGCCAGAAUAAAGUUCAAACAGUACAUUUUGCCUCAAUGUGUAACUCCACACUCCAUCAAUAACUCGAGAGUUGAGAAUUCUGUAUCAACCAGAUCAACCCCUCCUGCAAAUGUCAAACCCGUGUAUUCAAGGACCAAGCAACAGGAGCACAAUGAAAGCGUUGAGCAAGAUGAGCCACUGUUUAUAAAAGAUAUACAAGGCUCAUUAUGCUCUGGUUCAACAAGUGAAAAUGGCCAGCAAGGAGACCUACAGAGAGAGGACCCAAAUCCAGAAGAAAUUUUAAACCAAGCCACAUCUAACUUGCAGGGAGCUGCAAAUUCCAGCGUUUCUUCAAUUUUAAACAUUAUUGGACUGAAAAAUAUGAAAGCCAAAGACUACGAUAUGGCUUUCUCCUAUUUCAUGGUAGCAGCCAACCAAGGCUACAGCAAAGCCCAGUACAAUGUCGGAGUCUGCUAUGAACUGGGGAAAGGCACUGUCAAAGAUAUCAAGAAGGCUGCUUUGUAUUACAGUUAUGCUGCUGCCCAAGGACACAACAUGGCCCAGUUCCGUUGGGCCCAGUACCUAUUGCAUGUCAAGCCAGAAAAACAGACCAGGGAUACCCAAGAAGCUGUAGGACAGUUGGAAAAGGCAGCAAAAUCUGGACUCAAAGAGGCCCAAGCCUAUCUUGGUGUAUUCUUUACAAAAGAACCCCACAAAGAUCUAUAUCAAGCUGCCAGAUACCUGAUGAUGGCAUCGGAAAGUGGGGAUCCUGCAAGUCACUACAACCUGGGUAUUUGCUACGAGAAAGGCUGGGGUGUGAUGAUGGACUUGCGACAAGCUGCUGAACUCUAUCAGAAGGCUGCAGCCCUUGAACAUGCUGACGCGCAGUGUGCUCUGGGAGUGUUGUACCAGCAAGGACUAGGAGGCCUCCCAGUAAGUUUUUCAAAAGCCAUUGAGUUGUAUUGGAGAGCAGCUCACUCAGGCAGUGACGAGGCUACACGUAACCUGCAGUGCCUGAUGGAAGAUCUCCAGAUCAAAGGAAGUUUCAGUUUCUCCAAUGAGCACAGUGUCCUGAGGUCGGUGAUGUCCUCCCCUUGUCUUCCUUCUUUGGCCAGUCCCAGAUUGCCAAUCCCUCAGGAACGUCCACGUGAAGUCAGUGAAGACUGGGGAGGUUCCCAGCUGCAGGCAGGCAUGGCUUCAGAUCUAACACACUCGUGGAGCAUGGGCAGUCUUCAUGUCUCACCACUUAGCAAUAGAAGCCUACUCGCCAAGGAUGGACGACUGAGAUCAGCGAGUACCAUCUGCUUGGACCAUCGUUCGGAAGCCCUGGCAGGCAGGCUCGCAUCCCACAGUGGAGUCACAGGUGUGGGAUGAUCUGAAUAGAGAGGUGGCCUCAUCCUGCUCUGUGUUCUGUGACUGGACCAUUCUUGUGCCACAAGGCUUAUACUUGUUCUAAGUGUAUGUACAGCUUGUCCAACACCAAAGAUUGCACAACUAUUGAAGAACAGCAGAGCGGGCUAUGGUGGAUGGAUUUCUGCAACAAAUGUUCUCAUUCUGCCAUGACCGCCACUAGCUGUUGCUAUAAAAUACCAGACUGCAGACUGGUACACGCUUAGCUAUUGGGGAAGCAAAAUGGCUCUUCCCACAGAGAUUUACGCACAACAGGAUGAUGUUCAGUUGACUAUCAUUCCCUGCUCUUUAUUAAUGCAAUUUGAAAACUGAUCCUACUGCUCUGCACUAAUCUUCUACCCCUCCCAGGAUUAUAAUAAUAUUCACAUACUUCCUCUUCACUUGGUGACUCCGCUCUGAGACUGCUGAUUUCCCAUUAAAAAUCUGUCCAACUCCUUCAAUGUAUUUUCAGUGACCCAGUCUCCAUUGCUAGCUAGGGCCAAGAAUUGCAAACACUAAUGGCCGUCCAGGGGAAGAAAUUGCUCCUCGUCUCUGACUUAAAUGGGAGACCACUUAUUUUCAAACAGUGACCCAAGGGGGAAAAUUCCCCUAUGAGAGGAAGCUUCUUCUCGGCAUCUACCCAGUUGUGCCUCCUCCAGUUCUUUAGGUGAGAUGAAGUAGGCUGGGAGGUGGCAUUAGCAGAGCAAAAAAAUGCCAGUGAAUGGAGCUGAAUGAUCUGUUAAUGUAUUGUACAGUUGACCUAAUCUUUACAUAGUAAAAAAUACUGAUCAAAUGGUGAUGACAGUAAUGAAACCAGCUUCUUUUCUGUUUGAUGGCUGCUCAAUUAAUGUUGGAAAAUGUCACCCUCAUUUAAUUUAGAAGUCUUCUCUCCAAUACAAACAAUUUAUCAGGCUGCCCUUUCUUGUUCCUAUUAUGCACCUAAUGUGCAGUAUACACAUAAACAUCUGUCAGGCAAAAGACAACCCAGUACGUGCUGCACCAGGAGAUGACCCUGGAAACUGCAAUGAUGCAAUCCGUAUUGAAUGACACUGUUUACAUCAUUCCUUAAUAAAUGUCUACUUUACAAAUUGCCUCAUGUCUAAUUAAUAAUGAUUUAGAUUUUGUACAUUAUAAUAAGGCUGUGGACCUCAAGAGGUCUGGCAGCACCUGUGGGAAGAAAGCAGAGUUACAACUCAAGACCGGUAACUCUUUGUCAGAACUGUUCUGAUGAAGAGUCAGUGAUCUUGAAAUAUUAACUCUGCUUUCUUCUCACACAUACUGCCAGACCUGCUGAGUUUCUCCAGUAACUUGUUUCUGUUUCAGAUCUCCAGCAUCCUUAGUUCUUUAUUUUACAUUAAAAUAAGAUGCUUGAGUUCCAGGAGUAGUCUUGUAUGGUCCCUGGGGUAGAACACUACUUUAGGAGUGCUACACUGUGAGGACUACAGGACUUCAUCUAAGAUGAGUUAAUGCUCGCAUCAUACAGAUAGCAGUAGCUGUAAUGAGACAAAAGUGAAAUUCCUAUUUAAGGUUUUAACAAAGAUAUGUAGCUAGGGUUGUGGGUAAGGUUAUUGAUUUGCUCGCCGAGCUGGCUUGUUUUCAUUCAGACGUUUCGUCACCAUGCUAGGUAACGUCAUCAGUGAGGCCUCCAACGAGGCAAUGUUGUUGUACUCGGCUUGGAAUUUAUACUGUCCGGUCCAUUAAGGUGAGUAGUGUCAUUUCCGGGUUUGUUCUGUAUGAGUUUGUAUAUGGGCUCCAAUUCUGUAUGUUUGUUGAUUGCAUUAUGUGUUGAGAACCAUGCCUCUAGGAAUUCCCGUGCGUGUCCAUGUUUGGCUUGGGCCACUAUGGUUAUGUUGUCGCAGUUAAACUGAUGGCCUUCAUUGUCCUGGGAAUUCCUAGAGGCAUGGUUCUUAACCCAUAAUGCAAUCAAUAAACAUAUAGAAUUGAACCUCAUAUACAAACCCAUUCAGAACAAAACCGGAAAUGACACUACUCACCAUAACAGACCGGUCAGUAUAGAUUCCAAGUGCAGUAGAACAACAUUGCUUCAUCGGAGGCCUCACCACUGAUGUUACCUAGCAUGGUGACGAAAUGUCUGAACAAAAACAAGCCAGCUCGGCAAGCAAAUCAGCAACCUGAAAUUCCUAUCCUGAAAGGAAGGAAUCAAACAAACUAAAGUUUGUGCCAUCCAAACCUGGAAUAUCUUCCAUCAGUUAAAGCAAUACGCAUUUUCACAUUUUGUUUGUUCCUAAUAACUGUAUCUGAACUAAAAUUUCACUGUAGCAAUUAGUUUGGUUGGAAUUUAGAAUUAAAUGUUUGUGCUAAAACAAUGCUGCAUUGUUGAUGGCUUGCACUCUAUUGGAAUACCAAUGGGUAAUAAGAUGUUUCUGUUUUGGUUACUGUUGAAAUAUCAAACAUAACCGUUAAUGCUAAUGCUGCUGAAUGCCAAUCGUGUGCAUUUAUUUUGUAAAUUCUCAAUUGUAACUAACAGUUGCUGAUGAAUUUCUGCUGCUGAGUGCUGUGUUCUUGCACUCCAGCUUUGGUCUGUAGUCUUUGAAGAAGUCACCAAAAUGAAUGAAUUGCUCAUCCUUUGUUACGUGGCUCUUCGUGGAACACGAGUUGCGUUCAGACUGAUCUGUGUAAGAGUAACAGAUUUCUUUAUUUGAACUCCUGUCAGUUCUGGAAUUCUCUCCCUAAAUACCUCUGCAUUUCCCUCUUCCUCCUUUAAGACACUACUUAAAGCCAGCUAUUUGGAUCAAGCUUCGCAUUACCUGUGCAAUAAGUCUUUUUGUGGCUCUGAUCAGGAUUUGUUUGAUAAUUGUACCUGUGAAGUUUUACGACAUUAAAGGGCUUAGAAAUACAA